AUGCGACGUGACAUUAGCGGAUGCGCCGCGGCGGCUGCUCCAGGAGAAUUUACGAACUCGGCGCUUCCAGAAGCCGUCCACGUCAGCGACUAUGUCCUCCACCAAUCGGAUCUUGCGAUCGUCGACGGGAAGCGCGAGGAGAUGAAAGCCCAACCAAAUACGUCUCUAGUCAUCUUGAACUUCAAGCUCCCGGCUUUCACGCCGAUUCUCUGGCAACAAGCGGGAUCUCUGCGGCUGUGCGCGGAUGGCGGAGUGAACCGCCUGUACGACGAGCUUCCAGGAAUGUUCCCGGGGGAGGACCCUGAUGACGUCAGACGAAGGUUCGUGCCGCACAUAAUCAAGGGCGAUUUGGACUCAGCGCGGCCUCAAGUGCUCGCAUACUACAAGCAGCUC